AUGUCGAAUCUACCGCCAUGGCUUAUUGAAAGCCGUGAAAAUGUUUUGAAAACAAAGGAAUGGGACGCAUUAACACAUAAUAUCUACGAUGCAGUUGAUCAACACUUAGCACAAAGUCAUGUUCAAUACUUUACAGAUCUGUCUGAUGCAGAAAAAAGUCUCGUUCUCGAACGCGCGGCACGAAGUUUAAGAGCAACAACAAAUGGAGGACCAACUCCGUACGAUAAUUUAAAUAAGCGCGUAUCAGACUGUCUGGACAAAGGUGUUAAUAACGAUGUUUCUCGUUCGUUAAUAAAGGACGAUCCAACGGAGACGAAAAGUGACCUAAUUUUGGACAAAGUUUGCGAUGGAAUUGUUGGUUUGCUACGAAAAUGGCCUGAUCAAAAAUAUAAACUACACGCAUUUCUAAAUCAACCGUUACCUCAACCGAUACGUUUUGUUGGCUGGCAUCUUUAUUUGAACAAUCCGACUUAUCGACAAAGAUUCACCAAUGAUUUAACAAACAAUUCGCGAAGUGUUUUAUCGCCAUUAGAUGCUGAUAUUCAACGUAAUUGUGACAGUCUUGUUCCAACAUUACCAUCAGCGAAUGAUAUGGUCGAUUCAAAAGGGAACAUGAGUGCAAUGAAGGCAAUACUGUCGUAUCAUCAUUCGAUGCUUUCCAAUAACCGAGAUUUAAGCGAUUCGGAGUACUAUUAUGCUGUUCCGAUCGUUCUCUCGCACAAUCCACCUUUAUCCCGAACGGAGAAACCUUAUGAAAAAUCUCUUGGAGUUUUGAUUGAAAUGUAUCGAACAUUCCUGGAUACGAUGCCACCUACACUCCGUGAUGUUUAUUUGAAUAAUUCAACCCAAGAACUUGAUCCUUGGUUUGUUAAAGUUGAGUAUUAUUUGAAAGAGAUCGAUCGACCACUGUACAAUCAUAUUCGAAGUACUGUCAAUUCAUCAGAUGCACACACAUCCGCAUCCGUUGAUCAAUAUGUUCUAUCUUUUAUCCGAAAAUGUUGUUAUCCUUGGUUUAAAUACAUGUUUGUCGGGUGUCUUUCGGCGGAUCCGUUGAUGUAUGUAUGGGAUCAAUACUUAAUCACAAGUGACGUGCCGAAAUUUCAUGAUGAGUUGAUUCCUGCAAUAGCAGCAGCAAUGAUAGUGACACUGCGGGACUUUCUAUUGAAAUGUCGAUCGCCAUCGGAUAUGGAAGCAGUUUUGCAAAGACGAACGAAUAUAAUUAUAACACGACAAUUACAAUCAGUCGUGGUGAGAUUUUUCUUGACAGAUUUUAAGAAUCGCAUUGCGAAAUCACAUUUUGGACCAGUGAUUGAUCCAACGGAAGGACGUCAAUGGACAGGUUUCAAUCGUGAUCAUGUUCCACAAGUGGCCAAUCGACCUGAACAACGAUUCAACGAUCGAGAGAGAAAUGAACAAACGCUUCAACUGGAAAAACGAUUACGAGAAGAAAUGGCUAAGCGUGAAGAAAACGAACGCUUGUUGCAAUCAAAAAUCGAGCAGCUGCAACGUGAUAUGGAACGUAUGAGACAAAAUCCAGUAAUGAUAACAACGGCUCAACCCGUCAUUACCACAAUACCUCCUCGAGCACAAACUCCUGUCGAACGUUACGUUGUUACCGAAACUCGACCGAAACCUGUUACACCUCCACCGGCACUAAAAGACACUUCUCACCGGGCACCAUUGAACAGUCCCGUUCAUGAUUUACUUCGUCGAAUCGCUCAGACAUGCAAUCGAGUGGCACAUGGUGAAGGAAGAAACAGUCAGGUUUUGAAUGAACAGACUAAAAAUGAUAUUCGCGUUCAUAAACUUGAUUUGAAAAUGGCCGAACGACAAGUUAUUGGUCGAACAUUACAAGUCGACGAAUGGGAACAUCUUCCCGCUACACAAAAGGAAGUCUACAGUCAACAAAUGCUCGAAGCUGUCAAAGCGCGAAUACAAAAGCGAUAUACCGCAGGACGAAAAGGCUAA